AUAUAAAAGUUGGCAGCUAAUUGAGUAGAAUCAUAGUACAGCGCAGUUGUUCCUCGAGUACAAAUCGAAUUCCACAGUACAGUAGUACGAAAAAGUCUGUGUUCAGUCAACUUAAAUUACAGUCCUUGAAGUCCUUCGAAAACACAUACAAAAUGUUCACUUUAUUCGGUCUAUUCAUCAUCGGUUUGGGUGCCACCACCGCCAUUGAAUUGGGACAUGCACCACUCUUGCUGAAGCCGGCGCUAGUCAAGACUGUGGAAGUCGAGGCACCAGCUCACUAUGAUUUCUCCUAUUCGGUGCGCGAUGACCACACUGGUGACAUUAAGAGCCAGACGGAAUCGCGUAAGGGUGAUGUAGUGCAUGGACAAUACUCUUUGAUUGAUGCCGAUGGCUAUCUACGCACCGUGGACUAUACAUCCGAUGCCCACAAUGGCUUCAAUGCGAUAGUGCGUCGUGAUCCACUCGGCCAGAAGGUGGUUAAGGCCAUAGCACCUGUUGCCAAAGUACUUGCACCCAUUGGUAUUGCACCGAAAUUGCCAUUGCUCUCCUUGGGACUUUCCAGUAAGUACUGAGCAUAGACGACAACGAAGCGAAUUGGAACGCAUAACAGUUUAGUUGGUUGAUCUAGCUGUUGAACCAACACUUUGUCACACAACCAAAUCAUUGAGAAAUCAUUCAGCAAUGCAUCAACUUCUUAAUCAAAUCGAUACUACGGGUAGUUUAACUUACAUUUACACAUAUGCAUACAUAUAUACGUAAUAUAUAGAUCUUUUAAGUUCAGCACAUUUUGAAUACUUUAAUACUCAUACGACAACCACGAAACACUGCAUACAAA